AUGAUUGGGCCUCGUUCCAUCAAUCUCAACCCUCGUGAGCAAAAGCUUCGCAGCCUGCUUCUUGAUGUCUGCCGCUCUAUCGAUAGUGCUGGCGAUAUCGGUCAGCCCCUGGUCCUACGUUGGGCCGGUGGAUGGGUUCGUGACAAGCUGCUUGGAAUCGAGAGCAACGAUAUCGAUGUGGCUAUCAAUGCCAUGACGGGCAUUCAAUUUGCACAGCGCAUGUGCGACUUCUGCACUACCCCUGCUGCCAUUGAAACUCAUGAAAUUGGGGAUCAUGAUGUUGGAAACCUCCACAAUGUGUCUCGUAAUCCGGACAAGUCUAAGCACCUUGAGACGACCAUGGUCAAAAUAUUCGGACUCGAUGUUGAUUUUGUCAACUUGCGGAAGGAGACGUACGCCGACGACAGUCGGAACCCUCUCAUGGAGUUUGGGUCUCCUAAGGAAGAUGCUCUGCGCCGUGAUGCGACCAUCAAUGCCCUCUUCUACAACCUCAACACUGGUUUCGUUGAGGACUUCACCAGUGGCCUGGCAGACAUGACUGCUUGUACCAUCCGCACUCCACUUGAUCCCCUACAGACUUUCACCGAUGACCCUUUACGCGUCCUUCGACUCUGUCUUGACUAUUUAUUGCGCAACGAUAACCCUGAAUCUGUCGGCUCUCGUCUUGUCCGCUCCUCCGAUUCGUUGUACCUGGCAUGGAGCCUUGCUGCGGUCAGCCCUUGGAUGACCGUCGACGACCCUCCGAAUCACAGCCGCAAGGCCAAUUCGCUCCCCCCCGUCGCUAUAGUUGCUCGAGAAGGGUUUAAGGCUCCCAAUAAGCUGACAGAUGUCAUGGCAGCAAGCCAUCGACAUCGCAAAGAAAUCCUUGAGCUCAAGCGAGUGGUUUGCAGCAAAGGGCCUACCAUGAACCGGCGAGACAUUUUUGGAAUGGCUAUCCGGCGAUGGGAAGCCCAUGGUGGCCAUUGGACUCUGCAGGUUCUCAGCGCCUUGCUUGUCGAAGCCAUGGAUCAGGUCGAGCCACGGGAUGACCGUGGAUUCCAUAUCGACACAAGUGGACCGGGCUGUGGUGCAUUCUGCUCCUCGGCAGAUCGGCUGGAUAGAAACGAGGACCCAAGCCGGGAGUCACGCGAGACUUUCAUUGUGGGAUGGGAAAGCUUUGUGAAUCACCUAGUUGAGAUCGAUGUCUAUGAUGCACCAGCGAUUCAGCGGCUCGUGGAUGGUCGUUCUUUAGCCAAGGCGCUCAGUACUAAACCUGGUCGAUGGACAGGGAAAGGUCUCGAAAUAUGCAUGGAAUGGCAGCUACGCAACCCUCUUGUCACGGACCCACAAGGCGCCAUUGAUGAGGUUCGAAAGAGGUGGAUUGAACUCGAUGGGCCGAGCCCCCACACCUAA